AUUGGGACUGUCAGUGUGGUUGCAGGAAAUGACAAACGGAAGGUAGGCGCUGUGGGACGGUUAUCACGGCUAACUAAGUGUCUGUCUAUUAUACCUUUUAGGACUCGCUACUAUAAUGCAGUUGUUAGGACCCUAAACAGUAAGUUGUUUUACUGUGGGUCGUACGUUAUCUUUCCAGUUAGGUUCCUUGAUCUGAUAAGGCUGGCGUAGUCGGAAAACUCGCAAAAGUGAAUGUAGUUCCUCGAUGCUAUAAAAAUCAACAUAUUACUAGCGAUUUGGAAUGAAUUUUAACAGCGAUUCUUCACAUUCCAGGAUAGUUACAAUUCUUGCGAUGAAGUACCUUCACGGCGCUUGGUUGUUUUGGUAGGUAAACCAGCACGGAAAUGUCUCUCGGUUUUUAUUGCAUAUGACUGUCAAUUCACAUGUUCCUCAUGAAAAUUACCAGUUCUAAUGAUUAUCUGGACAUAACUAAUAUGAUGGUGAGUAAAAGCGUGGAAUGGCUACAAGAUGCGCUGGAAUCCGGUGGGAACUCGCUGCUUCUGUUGGACUGCAGAUCGCACGAACUCUUCGGAUCCUCUCACAUCGAGACGGCCAUCAACUUGGCAAUACCGGGACUGAUGUUACGGAGACUCAGGAAGGGGAAUCUGUCCAUCCGAUCGAUUAUCCCAAAUAACGAGGAUAAGGAAAAGUUUGCGAAACGGUGUAAAACGGACACCUUGAUAUUGUACGACGAGGCCACUUUGGACUGGCAAGAUGGAACGACGACUUCAGUUCUUGGGCUUCUGCUUAACAAGCUCAGAGACGACGGAUGUAAAGCCUAUUACCUGGAGGGAGGAUUCAGCAGGUUUCAGACUGAGUGUCCUGAGCACUGUGAGACAAGCCUGGAUGUUUCUUGCUCCACCGGCUCCCCUCCUGCAGCGGUACUGGGUUUAGGCGGGCUGCGGAUCAGUACUGACUGUUCGGACAACGAGUCGGACCGAGAGCCCAGUAGCGCCACCGAAUCGGAAGAAAGUCCGUUGCCCAGCAGCCAGCCCGCCUUUCCUGUCCAGAUCCUGCCCUACCUUUACCUGGGUUGUGCCAAAGACUCCAGCAAUCUGGAUGUAUUGAGCAAAAACAAUAUAAAAUACAUCCUGAAUGUGACUCCUAACCUGCCCAACACGUUUGAACAUGACGGAGAUUUCAAGUACAAGCAGAUCCCCAUCUCAGAUCACUGGAGCCAAAACCUCUCGCAAUUUUUCCCAGAGGCUAUAUCUUUCAUUGAAGAAGCUUGUUCCAAGAAAUGCGGUGUCCUGGUGCACUGCCUGGCCGGGAUUAGUCGUUCCGUCACCGUGACCGUGGCCUACCUGAUGCAGAAGCGCCAUAUGUCGCUCAACGAUGCCUACGACUUUGUCAAGCGGAAGAAGUCCAACAUUUCCCCCAACUUCAACUUCAUGGGCCAGCUGCUGGACUUUGAGAGGACCCUGAAGAGCCCAUGUGACAAUCGGUCAUCCAGUGGCCCGCUGUACUUCAGUACGCCAACCAAUCACAACGUCUUCCAGCUCGACACGCUGGAAUCCACUUGAAGCCUGACUCCAGAAGGGCAGCUGUUUGUUUGUUUCUCUCUCUCUGCUUAAGGUUGUGCAAAUCUCCUGGAGCCCGAGACCAGCGAAAUCAGAGAGACCAGCGAAAUCAGAGAGACCGUACCACCUUUGAUUGCUCUGCUGCGACUUAAGUUUGUGACUUUUUGCCUUCGUAAGAACAUUUUAUUUUUGUUUGUAAAAUAAGGAAUAAGCUGAAGGAAUAAUGAACUUCAUGCAAAGAGGGAAAGAAAAAGCACUUCUCGCCUAUAGUUGUGGCCUUACUGCUUUGCAUGAGGAAGGUAUCUGUCGUAGAGGACAGGCUGUUGGUGUUCAGUGUCCACUUAGUAAGAAGACGGUACAUACAUUUAAAUUUAUGUAUUGAAUUAGAACUUUCAGUUUUUCAGAAGAAUGUGAUGAUUACACCCCAUUAGUGUACUUUACAUAUUACUUUUUUUUUGUGCUGACUCCACAGUGGAAAAGCUUUUUGCAUCUUACCACUUUAGAGUGGUACUUUGCUCAGAUAAAGGCCUAUUCACAGAUGCAGGAAAGACCAGCACUUACUGAACAUACGAACUCUUUGUUUCUAAAACAUGGACCUCCUGUCUCUAAUACAAGCUCAAUUCUCUCAAGCUCAAUUCUCUCAACUCUCAUGUUGGGUAAGACGUAUACAUGUGAGUUUGGUGUUUUAACCAUGAUUAAUACUGUCAUUUUCUCUUUCUCCUUUUUUUUUUUUUGCAUGGUGGUUCAGAGCGUGUUGGCUGGGGGAGAUCAGAGGUUGUGAAUUAUGUGGGUUUAUUCAGAAUUGGGAGAAGAAUGUGGAUAUCAUCAGUCUGCUUGUAGUCACUGCUACUCUAGAGCAGGGAUGGCCAAUCUUAUCCGCAAAGGGAAGGUGUGUUUGCAGGUUUUCACUGCAACUCUCUAAUCAGGUCACUAAUUAGAGGACUGAUUGGCUGAGUCCUCCUCACACCUGGGUUUGAACAGCUGACCUAAAGGUUAUCCGAAAAACCUGCAUACACAGCAGUCCUUUGCGGGUAAGAGCAUAUACACCCUGCUCUAGAGCAUAUACACCAUAAACUGGUUUCUGGGUAACAGGACACCAUGGGAGGAAAUUGGGUGUAAUAGUCAAAAGGGAAUUUUUAAACUUUGAUCAAAAAAGGAUGACAAACUUUAUAUUUCAUUGGAGAACUUUUGUUUUUAGCUUUAAUUUUUUUAAAUAAAAUUUUCAUAUUGGACACCCAAGUAUGUUAUGGGUAUAGCGCUGUUGACUUUCUUAUUCUCUGAAAUGCACCAACGUUCUUAGUAUUUUUCCGAUUACAAAUAGCCUCAGUUUUCCUAUCUGUUAACUUUUGUAUCCGAUUUGUAGUGUAUGUGAGGUAACUGAGAAAGCACAGGGCUACUAAUGUAUUUUCAAAAGGUGUAUUAUGCUUCAGGUAAUGCUAUCAACAUCUGUCUGAUUCUACGGAAUCCGUUCGUUCAAAAUCUUUUUCUGUCUGAUGCUAUAAUAGCCACCUUAAAAUAUUCUUAUUCUAUUCAUUCAUUAUGAGAUGUUACAUGAAACUGUAAUAUAGAUGAUAGUAGUAUUCGUGAUUCAAAUCACAAACCAAUAAUUUUGUUCCCAGAAUUGCAUUUAUGUAUUUUUUAUAUAUUUUUUAAAUUUUUUCCUUUUGAGGCAUCAUCACCUGCUGUCUUUUA